GAUUUUUUUUCCGUCGGUAACUUUUUGUUUUUGUGUUUUGUUUGAUAAAAGAAGUACUUUCAAAAUUCCUCUCGAUAUAAUCGUUAAUUUCGUUAUAAUUUCCGUGAAUUUGUGAUGGCAUACUAGUUCCACAUUUGUGCUCUGCUUUCAUUGUAUGUAAUCGUUCAAUUCAACUUGACGUUCCAGUGUAGUAAUAAUGUUCUCACAAGGAAACUUGGGUUCUACAUCAUUCACUAGUGGAACCACCACUACAACAGUGAAUCCGAUGAAAGAUUUCGAAGUAUCAUCUCCACCGGAAGAUUCCAUAUCUGCUUUAGCCUUCAGUCCUGAAACUAUUCCAUCUAAUUUACUCGUAGCUGGCAGUUGGGAUAAUUGUGUCCGAUGCUGGGAAGUAGAACAAACUGGUAAAACGAUUCCCAAGUCGAUGCAGAAUGUUCAAGCUCCUGUAUUGGAUGUAGCUUGGUUUGACGAUGGAACUAAAGUUUUCAUAGCAUCCUGUGAUAAAGCUGCGAGAUGCUGGGAUUUAGCUAGUAAUCAAGUUAUACAAGUAGCCGGUCAUGAUGCCCCUAUUAAAACUUGUCAUUGGAUUAAAGCUCAGAAUUAUGCUUGUUUAAUGACUGGUUCUUGGGAUAAAACGUUGAAAUUUUGGGAUUUAAGAUCGCCAACUCCUAUGAUGACCAUUCCACUUCCCGAAAGAUGUUACUGUGCUGAUGUGGAUUAUCCCAUGGCAGUUGUCGGUACUGCUAAUCGUGGAUUGAUAAUUUAUCAGUUGGAUAACCAACCUAGAGAAUUUAAACGAGUCGAUUCACCGCUGAAAUAUCAACACCGUUGCAUAGCUAUAUUUAGAGAUAAAAAGAAACAGCCAACAGGAUUUGCUUUGGGAAGUGUCGAAGGUAGAGUUGCUAUACAGUACGUAAAUCCUCAAAAUCCCAAAGAUAAUUUCACUUUCAAGUGUCAUCGUUCUAAUGCACCUCCCACUGGAUAUCAAGAUAUUUACGCUGUCAACGAUAUUGCUUUUCAUCCGGUUCAUGGUACUUUGGCUACUGUUGGUUCCGAUGGCACCUUUAGUUUCUGGGAUAAAGACGCUCGUACCAAACUUAAACCCUCUGAACCUAUGGAACAAUCUAUUACCAGAAGUUGCUUCAAUCAUAACGGACAAAUUUUCGCUUAUGCUGUCAGUUACGAUUGGUCUAAGGGCCACGAAUAUAAUACUAUAAAGAAGAAUCACAUAUUUUUAAGGUCAUGUUUCGACGAACUGAAGCCUAGAACGCAAUCAUGAUUGGAUUUUUCGUGGUUUAAGUAAGAUUUUCCCUAAAAAAAAUCGAUCUACAAUAUGGCUACCUGAAAAUGGAACCAACAUCCGUGUUUUUUUCUAAUUAUUAAUUCGAUUUAAUUAAAUUUUUGUAUUUGAACGGUAACGUAAUGCGAUAUUUCUGAUCAUUCUGCUUUAAUAAAUGUAAGAGAUGAGAAGAGUUAUGAAUUAUGAUUUUAUUAUUUAUCAAGUAAUAAAAACAAUGAAAUUGAACAA